UAGAAUUGGGGUUUCCUUCAGUGCGACCUGGCAGUGUGAGGACGUCCUGGUGUGGACACUGCUGGCAUUCAGAGGGGUGGCCGCCACUCCUGACGGCAGCACAGAACGCGCCAGAGGAAGUCCCAGCUCACCGCAGCGCUAGAAACACGCUGGAACAGAGCCGCCUCUGACUUUUCUUCCUCUUGAAGAGCCCAUGUUGGCACACCUGUCCUCUGACUGUGGGCUACUGCUGCUGCUGCUGCUUACAAGGUCAGUGGAAGGCACAUACACAGCCCAGGUGGGUCAGGAUGCCCAUCUACCCUGCAGCUACACCCCCGCCACCCCAGGCAAUCUGGUGCCCGUGUGCUGGGGCAGGGGGUCCUGCCCUGCGUUUUCAUGCUACAGUGGGGUCCUCAACACUGAUGAGAAGACCGUGAGCUAUCGGAAAUCCAGCAGAUACCAGCUAAAGGGAGCGCUUCACAGAGGGGACGUGUCCCUGACCAUAGUGAAUGUGACUCUAGCUGACAGUGGCAUCUACUGCUGCCGGGUACAAAUCCCAGGCCCAAUGAAUGACAAAAAAUUCAACCUGGAGCUGGUCAUCCAACCAGCCAAGGUCACCUCUGCUCCCACUGAAUAUACUGAAGCCCUUCCACAGAUGCUUACCACCGAGGGACACAGCUCAGCGGAGACACAGACUCUGCCCACUCUCCACGAUGAAAAUAUGACCCAAAUACACACCCUGGCCAGAAAUUUCCAAGAUUCUGAAGCAGCCACCAGAACUGGCAUCUACGUUGGAGCAGGAGUCUCUGCUGGGCUGGUUCUUGCACUGAUGUUUGUUGCUUUACUUCUCACGCGGUAUUCUCAUAGGAAAAGGAACUUGCAGAAUUUAAGCCUGAUCACCCUGGCUAACCUCCCCCCAUCAGGGCUGGCAAACGCAGCAGCAGAGAGGAUGCGCUCAGAGGAAAACAUCUACACCAUCGAGGAGAAUGCCUAUGAAGUCGAGGAUCCCUAUUACUGCUAUGUCAGUAACGGGCGGCAAUCCUGAUGGCCGCCAGGUUGCGUCCUUUUAACGCCACUGGUUGCGCCCUUUCAUUUUGACCUCAAAUGUCUGUUGGGAAUAAAACUAGGGGAUGUAUCA